AUGAGCACGACCAAUCUUGAAGAGGCUGCGUCCGUUGCCGCAGAAUACAUCGCCAGUCUAGAGAAUUUGCCGCAGGAGACCCAGCAUAUUCUCCAUGAGAUACAGCACCGUGAUGCUCGGACGAACGAGCUGCAGCAGGAGAUCCAGAAAGAAACGGCCAAAUAUAUCCGGCACUCGCUCCGCUCCGCCACAAUGAGUCCGGCCCAGUCACUUCCUCCGAAGGACUCCGCUAUCCCACCUGCGAUAGAGGCGUCCUAUGCGGAAAUUGACCAGCUCGCGGAGGAGAAGGAGAAGCUCGCGCAGAGGCUGGUGAAGCUUAUCGAGCGCGCGCGCACAAGGCUGGAGUACGAUCUGAACAGGGUGCUUAUAUUGCAGGGCGAGUUGGAUCCUUCCGUGCAGGUCGCAUACACAGGCCUAGCAGCGCGAAAUGCGGCGCAGCAGAUGACAGAGAGUCUGCGCAAUGCCAUCGCCAUCCCGGAGGCGCCGGUAGUUGUGGCGGUGUCCUCUGUCCAACCACCGCUGAAGAGACGCCGUGUGACCGCUACGGCUUCGGCGGGCAGCAUUAAGCUUCCGAGUCCGGCGCCUAUGCCAGCUGGCGCCCACGUCGGGGGCCAACGGUCUAGGUUAUCGCAGCAGGUGCAUACGCGCCACUCGCCUGCGCGAGUGCGGCGGGUGACUGCGUCCGUGGGGCCGGGGGCGGACGAAGACGCUGAGGGCGAAGAGGACGUCGACGAAGCAAUGGAGGAGGGCGGCGAGGGGGAAGACAAGGAGCUCUACUGUUUCUGCCAGAAGCUCUCUUACGGCGAGAUGAUUGGGUGCGACAAUCCGCAAUGUCGAUACCAAUGGUUCCACCUGUCGUGUGUGAACCUGAGACCGCCGCUGCCGGAGAAUUGGUAUUGCGAGGACUGUCUGGCGAAGAAGGGGCUUCAGGUGGCGGCGGGAGGAGGCCGGAAAGGGCGUAAGAAAUGA